UUGUUUGUAUUGGAAAUGAGCGAAUUGUGGCUGGAGUUGUGCGGAGUCUGACAAGCCGGCGGGUUCAACAUUUCUAACAAGGUUAAACCGCUGCUACAAGGAAGCAAAGUCGGGGAAGUUUUUUGUUUUCGACGCUUCACGGAAAAGGUUCUGGUGUUAGAGAGAGAAAGAGAAUUUAGAAACAGAUUUCCAGUCAGAACGCGACGCUGGUUGGCUUGACUUAAAGCUUUAGCGUGUUAGCAUGGGAUGCUCAUCUUGACACUGAUAACUAAGUGUAGCUAUAUUUUCAAUAUGGCUACCGAGAUGUAUUUAUAUUUAUGUUGUAGUAGUAGUAGUAUGUAAACUAAUUGUCUUUUAGUGUUCGUGCUUAUGCUGUCGUACUUGAGAAGGCUGGUCGUGUGUUGUCGGAUAGCCAACGGUAAUGAGCAGCUUUACGAAUAAGACGCCUUUCAUCAGUCCUGAAAAUGGAGAGGCUGUGGUCGGGAGCACAAACUGGGGCGUCGGUAAUGGCCGGUUCCCGUGCUCCUACAAUGAAUCACUGGCGGUGCAGUCGGAUGUGGAUGUGGAGAGGCGCCUGGGGCUUCUCCAGAACCGACAAGACGCCAUGGCGCUGCAUUUGGACCAGUCUUACCGGAGCGGUACCGAGUCGUACCUCGACAGCUCUCAGCUGGACUACAGCGAGAACAACGGCAGCACGAGUCCGCUGGAGAGCCGGAGGAAACACCGCUCCGGCGCUCCCAGACCGCGCUUUGAGGUCGUGUCGGAACUCGGCCCGGAAGAAGUCCGUUGGUUUUAUAAGGAAGACAAAAAGACGUGGAAACCUUUCGUCGGUCACGAUUCCUUGAGAAUCGAGCUCAUGUACCGUGAACUGAAUCCGGACAAGGAGAGCAGCUCGGGCCACGCGGUACCGGAUGGAGAGGAUCCGUGUGAUCAUGCGUCAGCUGUGGCCUCGGUCCAGAGCUCCGAGCAGCUCGAUGAGACCGACCUGGACAUCAGCAUUGAAGCAGUGUGUGUCCGAGGAGGACUCUACGAGGUGGAUGUCCGAGAGAAAGAGUGCUAUCCUGUGUACUGGAACCAGCAGGACUGCAUCCCUGUGAUGAGGGGACAGUGGUUUAUAGAUGGCACGUGGACACCCAUGGAGGAGGACGAGAGUGACCUCAUAGAGAAAGAGCACCUGAUGUGCUUCCGGGGACAGCAGAUGCAGGACACUUUAGAAACUGAUGUCGUGGCCAAGACGGUGGAUAGCAAAGAUGUUCUCUCCCACCUCCCUCCUUUCUACCUCCCCUUUUUGUUCAAAUGGAGUGGAGAUCAGACGAGUACUAAAAGCCACAAGCGAAAGCGUUGCCAAGCCAUCCACAGCCUAAAGCUGAGCCGCAGCCAUGUUGACUGGCACAGUGUUGAUGAGGUGUAUCUGUACAGCGACGCUACCACCUCCAAGAUCGCGCGCACUGUUACACAGAAGCUUGGCUUCUCGAAAGCCUCAAGCAGUGGCACCAGGCUUCACCGAGGCUAUGUGGAGGAGGCCUCUUUGGAAGAUAAGCCCCCUCACACAACACACGUCGUCUUUGUUGUGCAUGGCAUUGGACAGAAGAUGGACAAAGACCGAAUUAUCAAGAACACAGGCAUGCUGCGAGAGGCUGUGCGGAAAAUGGAAGAGAAACAUUUUGCUGAGCACACUGAGGAGCAUGUGGAGUUCUUGCCAGUAGAAUGGCGCUCCAAACUGACGCUGGAUGGAGAUACAGUUGACUCCAUCACGCCAGAUAAGGUGCGGGGGCUACGAGACUUGCUAAACAGCAGUGCCAUGGACAUCAUGUAUUACACCAGCCCUCUCUACAGAGAUGAGAUUACGAAAGGCCUGACCCAGGAACUCAACCGAUUGUACUCGCUCUUCUGCUCUCGGAACCCAGAGUUUGAGCAGAAGGGGGGCAAAGUAUCCAUCAUUUCCCACUCUCUAGGCUGUGUGAUUGCGUACGACAUCAUGACGGGCUGGGACCCAGUGCGUUUUCGCCUGCAAGAGCUUCAGGAUCCUGAUGAGGAGGAGCUGCAGUUGAUGAGCUACAAACAACGUCAUCUAUUGGAGCAGGUGCAACAUGCCAGAGAAAGGUUGCAAGAACUGGAGGAUCAACUUCAGGGUCUGGAGACCAUUAAAUCUCCAGCUGCUCCUGCAUUGAAGUUUAAGGUGGAGAACUACUUCUGCAUGGGCUCUCCCCUAGCUGUGUUCUUGGCCUUGCGUGGCAUUCGACCAGGGAACACUGGAUACCAGGACCACAUCAUGCCAAAAUCCAUCUGCCAGCGUCUUUUUAACAUCUUCCACCCCACAGACCCAGUGGCCUAUCGACUGGAGCCUCUUGUGUUGAAACACUACAACAAUAUCACACCUGUCCAAAUACACUGGUGCAACACCACUAAUCCCACUCCAUAUGAUGAAAUGAAACCCACAUUCCUGAAUCCAGUGAAGGAUCCAGCUUCAGACACAGAGAGUCUGCCCAGCCCCAGUACAUCACCCGUGAUGUCCCAUCGACCCUAUGGAGAGUCCAUCACCACGUUGGGCAAGGCCAGCAUCCUGGGUGCUGCCAGCAUUGGAAAAGGCAUUGGAGGAAUGCUGUUCUCCCGUUUCUCGCGCUCCAGUAGUCAACCAUCAGGAGUGGAUUCUGCAGCAGUGGAGGGAGAAGAGAAGAGCCAGUCGGCAUAUGGCUUGUCUACAAUGUCCCAGUCUGCCUCCACCAUCAUUGAUACUGCUGUGGAGAUGGAGCACCGCAUUGACUUCGAACUACGGGAAGGCUUGGUCGAGAGCCGCUACUGGUCAGCGGUCACCUCUCACACAGCGUACUGGACCUCUCAUGAUGUGGCCCUGUUCCUGCUGACCUUCAUAUACAAAUCUCAGAGCUCACCGGAGACGUGUCAAGACGAUCCUGACCCCGAGUAACCCAGAUAUACGAACACCCACAAAGAAAUGUCCCCAGACAGAUGGAUUCGUCUUCUCCUGUAGAGACAUGAAAACACUCGAGCACACUCCCUCUCUCAUUUUGCCUCAUAAAAAUGCUUCUUUGUCAUACAAAGACUAAUUACCAUUUUUCCUGUUGCUUGUGCAGCAACUUUUCCCAUUAACCCAGUGACCAUCAACUCCUACUGCGCAAACUCUUUGAUACAUUGAGUAAACCUCUAGUCCUAGAACAUUUUUUGGGUGGUGUUGAGGUCUUUUCAGCCAGUCCCAUUCCAUGCUUAGCAUUAGGUACACUUGGCUUUGCAAGAUGUGUGUGCGCGUACCUGCACGUACACUUUACCAACCCUUUACCAGUCCACAUAGUUUAUGGGUGCUUUUGGACCAGAGGAACUUUUUUCAUAGUUCUUAGAAUUGUUGGAGGAAAUCCCCAUCUUUGUGUAUGUAGCUGCAUCUUAUCCAAAACCUAAGCCAUUAUACCAUAGACAUCAUUAAGGGCACACAACACGCAAGCAUGGACCCCUCCGUCCUGUUAACAUCCAUUCCUUUUGAAGAAGAAGAGGAGUUUAUUUGUCACAUGCACACUUGAGCACAGUGAGAUUCGUCCUCUGCGUUUAACCCAUCUGAAGCAGUGAACGCGCGCGCGCACCCACCCACCCAGAGCAGUGGACAGCCAUAUUACAGCGCCCGGGGAGCGGUUAGGUACCUUGCUCAAGGGUACUUCAGCCCAAGGCCGCCCCAUGUUAACGUAACUGCAGGUUGUCUGUCUAUUCUUCAUUUACCCAGUGGUAAAUGGAGACACUCGCCAAGCAAAUGCUCAAUUCAACACUCAUAUCUUUUUAUUUAUUGUUAUAGUAAUACAUCUAAUGAUGAUUGUGCAUAGUACUCUAAUUUUUGGGAAAAAGUAUUUCAAGAUUUAAAUGUUUAUUUUUACUUUAAUAUUCCCAGAGAACACUGGACCUCUUUAAUGACUAACAGACAAUAUCUGGAUUCUCAAACUGGAAAAGAGCGAACCAUUAGCAAAAAAGGAACUUCCUUUUUAUACAGGAGAUAAAUAAUCAUAAGAAAAAGCAAUUAUUAUAUUCUGAUGAUUUUACAACUAGAUGGUGCUGUCAAGAAACAAAGUUAACAGUGCAUUUUCUUAAGCCAGUAAUAAUAUGCCUGAUUCGACUUUGCAUGGAGUUUGAGGAUGAAAUUGCUGCUGCAUUGAUUUUUAUAGCCAAACUUAACCUUUUACAAUCCUGCCUGAGUCAGGCCAUGUGUUGAUACACGAACCACCUGCAUGCGUGUGCUGGUGCAUUUUUACUUUGGAAUAUUAAAACGACCGUAUCUUCAAACAGAUCACCUCAAGAAUUGGUUCGUAUCAUUUCAAGCUGAUGUCAGCCAGAUACAGUGGAGUGGAAUCAAAUAAACUGACUGUGUGAUCUGCUUGAUGUAAUUACACUAGUAAUUAGGCCAUGAUCAUGUGACUUGACUCAGGUUAGGUAGCACUUUCUAAUGUUCCUUUGCCUCAUAGUACUGUCAUAUUCGGGCACCUUUUACCUUCAGGCCCAUGGUAAUCAACAGAUUAUAUUUUAUAUUUAGUUAUCAAUUGUGGAAUUAAUCAUAGUCCCUCAAAAUUGUGAUAUUCCACUGAGAGGCCAAAUGUUUUUUAGCUAUGAAACUGCAACACGUAGACGUACUGUUGGUUCAUGUUAAAGGUUUUAGUGUUUUUUUUUUUUUUUUAAAAAGCACUUUUGAGAUGGUAGAUAUGCAACAGGGAGAGAAUGACCAGAGGGGAUUAUCAGUAAAAAAUGAAAUGGUCCUAACCUUUAACAGCUGGUAUGUACUCUGUUUAGUGUCUGCGUUGUGUUUGAAAUCCCAGAAGGGGAUUUCACCCCCCUAUGGCAAGGGCUGCAGUCUGUUGAUUUCUUUUGUUUUUAUCGUUGUGUGCCCACACAAGUGCAGUUAAUAAGUGUUAGCUAGCCUGUGUGGAUAUUUAAAAAUGGCCAGGUUGCCUUUGAGGACCACAGAGACGAUUCUCUUUUGGGAAGCUGACGUGGCUUUCCCCCCCCUCGCACUGAAGGAUGAACUAGAGUUACUCAUGACUCACUGUUAUUGUUGGCAAUAGCAAACAAAAAUUAAUGAAGGACCAGACCUUGGACAUUACCACAUGGCUAUAAAUUGCACAGAACGGAAUAAAAGACCCUUUUGAUGUGCGUUUUCUGUUUUUGCUACUUCGUAUAUUACAUUAUGGAAGAGAAUGCACUUUGCUCAGUUGCUUGAGUUGUGAUGUCUAUUGAAACAUCAGUGGCGCAAAAAAAAAAAAGGUUUGGCGGUUCUUAGACCAUCAUGGAGGGUUUGCUCUUUGGGACGUGUUUUUAUUUUCCUGUAGGCUAUGCCUCAGAAUCUCUGCAUGGUCCAGUAAUACUAAUGACUAAUGGAAUAAUUUUGAAGCAAUUUCCAUCUUCAUAAAUGCAGUAAUAUUUUUUUUCUGCAUUUGUGCUGCUUCUUUCAGACCAGUAACUAAGAGAUUGACAACUGCAUCAAAUUUUUGAAUGAUUCACCUAAGCAGCUGGCAUGGGCACGAUAAAUAAAGGUGUACUUCAGUAUACCAUGUGCAGGUUGUUGGUUUUACUCAGAUGCAUGCCUUAGGUUUGAGUUUUUUGGGGUUUUUUUAGGUUUGUUUGUUUUUUUUGACAUUUAGAGGUACAAUCUGGUCUUCUAAAAUAAUGUCGACUCGAAGUUACACAUGCUAUUAUUGCAUUCGCUAAUUAAUAUUUGCCUUUUAUCAGGGCAUCUUGCCAACUUUUCACUGGAGAAAUUCAUGACUGAUCUUCCAGUAUGGUAUAAUACUCAUCUCUUGUGGACAUGUAAAAAUUCGUUAAAAGGCCAAUUUCCACUACAAGUUAUUGAUCAACUCAAAACAUGAAAAAUGUCUCAAAUGACUGUUAUUUAAAUGUACUGAAGACACUGAGUUUGGAAAAACAUUGUGCAAUAACCCAUGCCUGUAAUGGAUUCAAACUGCCAUCCGAAUAACACUGUAUUUAUUUCAGUUUAUUAAAGCAUUGCUCUUUUUGGGUA